AUGAGCCCUGAACUUGCCUCUGUGAUUUGUCACAUCAACAAAGCAUGCGUGUUCUUCUGUGACUGGCUGUCAGUCAAGAAAAAGAAGGUGGCGGUUUUCAAGGCAUCUCGCAAUGGCAGAAAUGUGCCAGAAGUGUCACUAAAACUCAUAAACAAGUCGCCGGAGGAGGCCUGGCGCGGCGGCGCAGCGUUGGGGAUUCGGAUUCACGUCCUGCCGACCAACCGCGGGAGGAUCGCGCCGCUGCCCAGGGCCCAGGAGCCGCAGACUUGCUCCUUCACGCAUCGCGCGUGCUCGCAGCCCCGCCUGGAAGGACAGGAGUUCUGCAUUAAGCAUAUCCUCGAAGACAAGAAUGCACCCUUCAAGCAGUGCAGUUACGUAUCCACGAAGAACGGAAAGAGAUGUCCCAGUGCUGCCCCGAAGCCAGAGAAGAAAGAUGGUGUGUCGUUCUGUGCUGAACAUGCCCGAAGGAAUGCUCUUGCACUGCAUGCUCAGAUGAAGAAGACCACCCCAGGGCCUAUGGGGGAAGCACUCUUGUGCCAGCUGAGUUCCUAUGCAAAGACGGAGCUGGGGUCUCAGACUCCAGAAGGUAUCCGUAGUGAAGCCAGCCGAAUACUGGAGGAAGACAGCUGGAGUGAUGGGGACCAGGAUCUCAUUACUGUGGAUCAGACAUGGAGAGGUGACCCUGACAGUGAAGCUGAUAGCAUAGACAGUGACCAAGAAGAUCCCUUGAAACAUGCUGGUGUCUACACAGCAGAAGAAGUGGCCCUGAUCAUGCGUGAGAAGUUAAUUCGUUUGCAGUCUUUGUACAUAGAUCAGUUUAAACGACUUCAGCAUCUGCUGAAGGAGAAGAAGCGCCGGUACUUACAUAACCGCAGAGUGGAACAUGAAUCUCUAGGCAGCAGUCUCCUGACUGGCCCAGAGGGACUUUUAGCCAAAGAACGAGAGAACUUAAAGCGAUUAAAAUGUCUCCGGCGGUAUCGCCAGCGCUAUGGAGUAGAAGCCUUGCUGCACAGGCAACUGAAGGAACGCAGAGUGCUGGCCACAGAUGGUGCUGCCCAGCAGGCUCACAGCACGCGGUCCAGUCAGAGGUGCUCGGCCUUUGUGGGUGACGUGCGCUGUUCCAGUCAGUCUCUUCCAAUGACCAGACACUGCCUUACCCAUAAUUGUCAGGAUACGAAUCAAGUUCUCUUCAAAUGCUGCCAGGGAUCUGAAGAGGUUCCCUGCAACAAGGCCGUCCCUGUAAGCCUUUCUGAGGAUCCGUGCUGCCCACUGCAUUUCCAGCUGCCUCCUCAGAUGUAUAAGCCCGAGCAGGACUUGGAUGUUGUAGGUGAUGGAAUGCAGUGCCCUCCUUCACCCUUGCUUUUUGAUCCUUCUCUAACCCUUGAAGAUCAUUCAGUCAAAGAAAGUGCUGAAGGCUCAGUGGAUAUAUUGGGCCAGAUGCAGAUGGUUGGAGAUGGGUGCAGACCCCAGAGAUCUCGAAAUUCUGAGAAAGUCUGUGCACCACUGCCUCAAAGUGGACUUGCUCCUGUGAAUGGGAAGUCAGAGUCUACUUCUGUCAGUUGAUGGUUUAUUCUAGGAACUAUUUGGC